AUGUUGGCGUUGUCGCUUCUGCUCGCGGGAGCAUUCGCCGCCGGCCUCCUGGCGACGCCCCCUGGCGCGUCGCUGCAUGCGUCGUGCGCUCCGCGCCGCGCCGCGGCCGUGGUGAUGGGCCGCAAGGGUCGGCCGCGCGCGCCCGGCGGCCCGGGCGGCGGCGCCGUGGGCGCGAUGCCUCAGCAGGAGUUCCGCGAGCCGGACGCGCCGCCGGACGGCACGCCGCUCUUCUACCUCUACGCGCGCAACCCAAAGACGCGCGUGAUGUGGUAUCCCGUCUCGGUGCUCCGCGGCGACGGCCAGUCGAAGGGCCUCGUGGGAGCUUGGCUCGGGUCGCCGCUGGCCAAAGGCGUCUUCAAGGAGCGCCUCGACGAGGGUGUGGCGCGCUCCAUCUUUGAGAGCGAGCGGCGGCUGACCGACAUGGCGCGGCAACAGUAUCCCGCAAUCAAGAAGCUGCCCAGCCUCGAGUGGGGCUACAAGAUAGUCGCGACCGGCGUGAGCACUGCGGUGGCAAAGGGCGAGCUGCCAGAGCAAAAGGUGCAGAUGGUGACCAAGGAGCUGAUGCAGCAGGAGUCGUGGGCCGACAAGGCGCAGAAGGCGGCCAAGUCCAUGCUCGGCCAGGCGUGAGGGAGUGUCGUGUUGGGAGGCGGAGGGUUGGGCUCUUAUACACGUAUAGGGAGGCGACUAGGGAGGCGAUGUGUGCGUGCCGCGUUGUAGUUCAAUACUAACAUGCC